AAAGUGGGAGGGGCUUUGUUUGAUACAUAGCUGAGUUUUCACUGAGUUCUGGAGUGUACAUUGCAGCCAUCUUAAUUACACUUUAGUGCAACUGAGACAGUGCAGCUGUCUCAAAAUGGCUGCUAACAUAGUCUUUGUAGCUGCUUAGGCAGCAACUAUGCCAGUGAACAGCCUUGUCAAAUGCGUCAGGACCAGAGAUUCAAAAUGGAUAGUAUAGAAGAACCCCAGAGAAAAGUCUUUAAGGCUCGAAAAACAAUGAGAGUGAGUGAUCGUCAACAGCUUGAAGCAGUGUACAAGGUCAAAGAAGAGCUGUUGAAAACUGAUGUCAAGCUAUUAAAUGGCAACCAUGAAAAUGGAGACUUGGACCCAACCUCACCUUUGGAAAAUACUGAUUAUAUUAAUGACAAGGAAGAGGUGAAUGGUAUUGAAGAGCUUUGUUUUGACCCUGAAAAAAGUAAAUCAGAUUGGAAAGAAACACCCUGUUCCUUAAAUGUAAAUGUAAAAAACAAGCACGGUGAUGAUUUAAAGUGUGGACCUUUGUCUUCUAAUAAUGCAACUCCUGAACUAGUCUCCAGAGUGACUGCUGAACAAGCUUCUGGUGAUCUGGCUACUGGAGAUCUGACCUCUGGUGAUUUGGCUUCUGAAGAUGUGGCUUCUGAAGUAUUAACCUCUGGUGAUCCUGUCUCUAGUGAUAUCACCUCUGGUGAUUCUGUCCCUAGUGAUCUCACCUCUGGUGAUCCUAUCUCUGGUGAUCUCACCUCUGGUGAUCCUGUCUCUGGUGAUCCCAUCUCUGGUGAACCAGUCUCUGGUGAACUGGACACUGAUGAACUGGUUUCUGGCAAAACAGUUUCUGAACCAUGCUCUGGUGAACUGGUCUCUACUGAACUGGUACCUGAUGAACCAGUCUCCAGUGUUCCAGCCUCUGGUGAUCCAGCCUCUGGUGAUCUGGCCUCUGGAGCUCUGGCCUCUGGUGAUGUGACUCCUGAUAAUCCAGUGUCAGAUGAACUGACUUCUGAUGAGCCAACUUCUGAAUCAGCCUUUGAUUCCACUUUUGAACCAAGUUCUCUACCAGUUUGUGAAUCAGUUCCUAAAACUGACAGUACAGAGCCUAAUAGCAAUAAAGGUGAUGAACUUGAAACAAAUGGGGAUGAUGCAAAGUCUGAUGACAAAAAUAAGGUUGAUAGUAAUAUCGAUGCUGAUGAAGAAACUCCAGAAACAGGUGACAAAAUUAUUUGUUCAGAUAUGCCUCCUGAAAAUCAUAAGAAGGUAGAGGAAAAUACUGUCACAGAACCUGCCCUUAGAGAGGAGGCUAUAUCUAGCAGUAUGGAAAUUGACCAAAGUGAAAAGAAAGAAGAUGAAAAUUCUGCAGACUUUACAGAAACCAUUAGUGAAAAAGUUAUAAAAGAUGACAAAAGUGAGGGUAUCUUAGAAAAUACAGAUUCUAUGGAGACAGAUGAAAUCAUUCCUAUUUUGGAAAAGCUUGCACCUGCUGAAGAUGAACUUACUUGCUUUUCUAAAACUUCUCUCCUUCCAAUUGAUGAGACAAAUCCAGAUUUGGAGGAGAAGAUGGAAGGUUCUUUUGGUUCACCAUCUAAACAAGAAAGUAGUGAGAGUUUGCCCAAAGAAGCCUUUUUGGUCCUCUCUGAUGAAGAGGAUAUUUCCGGUGAAAAAGAUGAGUCUGAAGUUACAUCCCCAAAUGAGACAUAUUUUCCAGCAGAAGAAGAAAGAAAUGAAAAGGACCACAAACCUAAAGAAGAGCAAGCAGUUCAUGAUGAAAGACCUGAGAAAAGUGAAUUUUCCAGAAGAAAACGUUCUAAAUCAGAGGACAUGGACAAUGUACAGUCCAAACGCCGUCGAUACAUGGAAGAAGAAUAUGAGGCAGAAUUUCAAGUAAAGAUUACAGCCAAAGGAGAUAUUAACCAGAAGCUACAAAAGGUUAUACGCUGGUUGCUGGAAGAAAAAAUAUGUUCUCUACAGUGUCAUGUAUUUGAUAAGACUUUGGCAGAAUUGAAAACACGAGUGGAAAAGAUUGAAUGUAACAAGAAGCAUAAAACAGUUCUUACUGAACUACAGGCCAAGAUCGCCAGGUUAACCAAACGCUUUGGAGCAGCCAAAGAAGAUCUUAAGAAAAGACAGGAAAAUCCACCAAAUCCGCCUAUGUCACCAGGGAAGUCUGCAGUUGAUGUCAACAGCAAUAACAACGUGCCCUACAGAAAUGCAAGCACAGUGAGACAGAUGCUGGAGUCCAAAAGGAAUGUAAGUGAGAGUGCACCGCCAUCCUUUCAAACCCCUGUGAAUACAGUAUCUUCAACCAGUCUUGUCACUCCUCCAACAGUUGUCAGUAGUCAACCUAAAUUGCAGACUCCCGUGACUUCGGGUUCUCUGACAGCAACAUCAGUUCUUCCUGCACCCAACACCGCUACGGUAGUUGCUACUACUCAGGUGCCUAGUGGAAAUCCCCAACCUACAAUCUCUUUACAACCUUUACCAGUGAUUUUGCAUGUACCUGUUGCGGUAUCCUCCCAGCCUCAGCUCCUACAGAGCCAUCCAGGGACUUUAGUGACUAAUCAACCAUCUGGCAACGUUGAAUUCAUUUCUGUACAGAGCCCACCUACAGUGAGUGGACUUACCAAAAAUCCAGUAUCCUUGCCUUCCUUGCCAAACCCCACUAAACCAAACAACAUUCCUUCUGUACCCAGUCCUAGUAUUCAGAGGAACUCUCCUGCCAGUGCUGCACCAUUAGGAACGACACUUGCUGUACAGGCUGUUCCAACAGCACACUCUAUUGUACAAGCCACAAGGACUUCUUUACCUGCAGUAGGCCCAUCAGGACUCUACAGUUCAUCAAGUAAUCGAGGUCCUAUACAGAUGAAAAUUCCAAUUUCUGCAUUUAGUACUUCGUCUCCUGCAGAACAGAGUAGCACUACUAUCCCAAGAAUUGAAAACCAGACAAACAAAACAGUAGAUGUUUCUGUUAAUAAGAAAGCAGCUGAUAGCACAUCACAGUUGUCUACUGAUUUUCAAACAGCUUCUCUGUUAAUGUUUGACAAGAAUUCUUUGCUUAGUAAUUCUCUUAGAGUUCGGCAGGUCAAUCCCCAAAAUAGUGUCACAGUUCGAGUGCCUCAAACAGCCACAUAUGUUGUAAACAACGGACUAACCCUGGGAUCCACAGGACCUCAGCUCACAGUGCAUCACCGCCCACCGCAAGUGCAUACCGAGCCCCCACGCCCUGUGCACCCAGCACCCUUACCAGAAGCCCCCCAACCACAGCGUCUGCCCCCAGAAGCUGCCAACACAUCUCUGCCUCAGAAGCCACACUUGAAGUUAGCACGAGUUCAGAGUCAAAAUGGCAUUGUACUGUCGUGGAGUGUCCUGGAGGUGGAUCGAAGCUGUGCCACUGUCGACAGCUACCAUCUCUAUGCUUACCAUGAGGAGCCCAGUGCCACUGUGCCCUCGCAGUGGAAAAAGAUUGGAGAAGUAAAGGCACUUCCCUUGCCCAUGGCAUGCACUCUCACCCAGUUUGUCUCUGGCAGCAAGUACUAUUUUGCAGUACGAGCCAAGGAUAUUUAUGGACGAUUUGGACCUUUCUGUGAUCCUCAGUCAACGGAUGUAAUCUCUUCUUCCCAGAGCAGUUAAACCUUGGAGCCUUUAUCUCUCCCUCUUUCAGAAGUUCCACUUUUUUGGUCUUCUUUUAAUCUUGUGCAUGAUAUCCACUGUAAAAUCCACAUUGUGCAAGAUUUCUUGGACAGAUGUGUAUAUACACUACAUUUGUUUAUAACCAGAAGUAAAAUAAACAGUCCAUAAAGCAAGAAUCUUUUCCUGGCUUCAAGGUUUUGAAAUGUAAAUGUGCACCUUGCUUUAGUUUUAAGGCUGGGAAAUAUAUGUAGGUAUUUGUGUGUGUGUUUUCCCUAUUUAUGUAUUAAUUGCAGUGGAAUCUUCCAUUUUCAUUCUCAAGUUUGCCUCUCUUCCAUUAUGAAGUAAGAAGGUCAAAGAUCUGAGCUAUGUAACUGGCUUGAUUCUGCUUCUAAGGGAUCUGUAGGUUCAUAGUUAAAUAUUUCAACUUAAUCUAAACAAAACCCAAAGAAAGAAAGAAGCAAAAUGGUUAAAUAAUUUAAAAUAAGUUAAUUUGAAAACAAAAAAUGAUCUAUUCUUCUUUUCUUAUACGUUGUUAUUUAGCAAAAAAGUUCUGCAGUGGCCCCUUCCUUUCCUGGCCUGGCUUUUACAUUCAUUUUGUGCCUUAAAGGAUUAACUACAAAAAUUAACACGGCCAUAUGUCUCUUGUUUCAGCCUUCACCCUUCACUUCUCCGUCAUCUCCACCAAUACAGCACACUCCCCUCAAGUAAAUUUUAAGCCAAGGCUUUUGUGUAUUAUUCCCAUCAGUGGUAUCACUUACAUUUAACUCCAAAAUUUGACUGUCUAUUUUCUCGUAAGAAUGUGAGUGUUUUUAAUUUUGGUUAAUUUAAAUUAACUCUGUAAAGUGGACCAAGAGAAGACCAUAUUGGUAAGAAAAUUUUUGCUCCAAAAAUAUAUAUUGCACAUUGUUAGAGAUUAUGAAAGCAAUUCUAGUUCACUUUAUCACCCAGAGCAUAGUAUUCUCUCAACGGAAGUAAAUAGUGAAAUUCUUAAAAUAGUGAGCUAAACUAUCAAAGGGAAAGUUCCCAUUUCCUCUUUGUCCUUUAUCAUUCUUCUUGUUUUAAGCUUUUAACUUUGUUUUGAUGUGCCAAGUUUUGUCUGAUUUACCCUAUUGUCAGCUUUGGAUACAGAAUUUAAAGCAUACCCUUUAGGGUCAUGGUAUUUAACAGUUAGAUACCUCUUCAAAGUUAAUAAAGUUCGGUUGUUCCUCUUCAAAGUUAAUGAAGUUCGGCUUAGUUCAUGAAUUUUCAAAAUGCUUGCCAGCUUUACUGGUCUCAGCAAAGGUUUCUAGAUAGUUUAGGGCAGGACAGCUCGUGUAAGUUUGGGGCAAGAGUGUGGUUGGGACUACUUUGAGAAUUCAUGGAGUUUGUGUAAUAGUUUUUCAAGUUCUCUUCACAUACCCUAUUUGAAUUCAUACUCCUCCCUUCUCAAAAUAAAUCAUUCAUUCAUUUUUCCUGGAAUUACAGGAGGGAGCCGUCCCUUCUAUUACUGCUGCUUUGUUUGCAACUUUGAUAGCUUGUAGUAGGAAUAUUCUAGUUAUAAAGCAACUCUCCAGAGACUUUAUUGAUCAGUGUACUGUCACAUUAGGUGUGACGUUUGAUGUUCAAGAAGGCCCACAGAUUGCCAAAAUGUGAAUGCUCCAAAACCUUCCUUUCACUUUCAGAAAAUAAGACCAUGUUGAAAAUUAAAGUUUCUGUGAGUCAAAUUUGCCAGCCAAUUAUGUAGAUGUUACUCCUUCUAGGACUAAUGAUGAUGGUAAAGAAUUUGCCAGUGUCAUGCCAAUGAAAAUUUUACGAGAAAUUGAUGAUCUUCUAGAUGUAAAUGAACAUCUGUCUGUAUCUGCAUGUAUAUAUGUUUAUACCUGCAGUAUAAACUGCAGUUUGUUUAUAACAUUUGCAAUGGUUGCAGUGUUGAUUAUAUAUGUUCAAGAGCAUUCCUGUCUACGGAAUAGAAAGCCCAUGUUUGAAAUUGUUCUUUCUUGGCUGGUUUUUAUGGUCACGUGAUAACCUACCAGCCUAGAAAAGGUUCCCUUGGUGAACAGUCGUAUUUAUAAUUCACUAAUCCUCGUUUUGUGUUUUCUUUUCUUUAACCUUUCAUUUCAUAGCAUUACAUAAUCAGGUGAAGAAAGCCCAGUAGGAAGAAAUUAUUAUUUUAGCCUAUAUUGUGUAUUUUCUGUCAAAGGAAAACAAUUCUUAAAUAGUAGCCGUAAGAAUAGAUUUACUAUGUUACGGUAAAACUUUCAUUUCAGAUGGUGGAAGGAAGGUACAAAGAGAAAUUGUAAUUAUUUGAGGAAGAAGUCUAAGAUGGUCUCAAAUUAGCUUGCCAUGGGAUUUAUAAAGAACAGCUAUAUUGGAUUUACUGAAAGGAACUAAGGCUUGAACUCUAGGCUUUUAUUUCCAGCAGAUUUUAAUGUUGAUGAGCUCUGGCUUUUUGUUUGGCUUUUCUUUUGGGAGAGAAAAGGGAGGCUCACCUCGAAGUGGCUCCUGAUGACAGACUUUUUGUACCAGUUCACACUCCAUGGUACCUUUUUUAUUUCAUGGUGCCUUUUCACAGAAGUAUUACAAAUAAGCUUGAUUAGCCCUACAUUUUCAGCCUGACAAUACUUGUAUGUAAGUAUUGCCUUAUUGGAAAUCCUGGAAACUUCUGAUAUUUGAACUUAAAAUGUAGGAUGUUUAUAUGGCACUCAAAAGUAAUGAUGUUUGUUACUCUCUAGUUUGCACAUUGGCAGAGUCAUUUUCAGCCUAUUUUAAGUGUUGAGCAAGCCUCUUUUGAAAAUUAUGUUCUUGCCAGUAAACUUGUAAAUUAAAAAGACAGCAUCUGUUGUAAACAGCUUUAUGAGAUAACCAUCCGCUUUUCUGGACUUACUUUUUAAAACAUGCAGUAUACUGUGUACUGUUGAAAACAGUAGAAGUUCAUGAAAGAUGCAAAGAGUAGAGCUUUCUUCCUUGAAAAGUGGAUAGUUAUUAAGAUACCAUUUGCCUCCCAGAGGUGUUCCACACUCUCCCCACCCUUAUUGCUGGAUAAUAAACGAAAGGUUUAAUUGAAAAAAAUUGACCUGGAGCAAGGAGCUUGGGAUCUUAAGUAUAUCUACAGAACUUCGUAGGCAGGCCGCACCGUAGUUCUCUUACUGCAUUGGGUAAGCAUUAACUUAGGUUUUGUUGUUUGCUCUUUAACUUAUAUUUUCCAAACUAUCAUUUUUAUGAGCAAGGUGAGUGUUCCUGUUGCAUGAUAUGCAUUUAUCUUGUUCCACGAAUUCUCCAGUACUGUACAAGGUUAACAGAAUAAUGCCUGUGGUAUCCUCCUCUCUCACUUUCAUACACUGCGAUCUUAACACAGUUGAAUGCUGCGAAGACCUUCCAAGUGUUCUCCCUCAUUUUCCUUCCUGGGCUGUUUGAGUGUCCUGUGAUGUCAUUUUAUUUAAUGAUUGACCAAUAAUUGUUUCAUUCUAAUUUUCAGAAAAAACGUGUCCCAGUAUUAGAUUAUGGCAAAUAAGUCUAUCUAAAAACAAUGUUUGAUUCUGCCUGCCUUACUAUUUACUGGGCAAAUGAUGCCCUCCCUCCCCGACCUAUGCCAUUUUUAAGUUGGGGUGGGGGCAAGAUUCUCAUGAGGUGUUUUGUCAGUGUGGCAAGACUUAGAUCUAAUUCCUAAAACUUUUCCCCCUUGAGCCAGCCAGUGGGGAGAGUAGGAUGGUACAAACACGUUUUGUCUUCUCCAAAUAGUUUUAUCAUGCUAAAUAAUUUUCAUUUUUUUUAUUUGUAGAGUCAGCUAAGUACCCAUCAUUUAUAUUUAAAUGCUGCCCUUUUUUAAAAAGUUUUAUUUGUAAAUAAGGUAACUGGGCAACCAAACACCUUUUGGGAAUCCUGGCUUUAGUAUUUUAUCAGUCAUUUCAAAUUUAAAUAUAAAAAUAAAUCCUUUGUGGGACACUUGCUUCGUGGUUUUUCUUUAUUGCUGUUGAGUGUAAAUAAUAAAGACAAUGUAAAACCUUCCUAAUGUCUGAUAUAAACUGGGCUAUAGCAGGUUGCCCUAUUUUUAUUAGGUUUCGAAGGUUUUUGUGGGUUUUUUUCUUUCUUAAAUGUACAGUAGAGUGGUGUCUGUAUAAGUGUUAACUGUAGUGGGAUUUUGUCCAGCAAGCCUGAAAUUUAUACUUUGAAAUAAACUACUGGGUUUUUAACA